GAGCUGGGCAGGACAGGGCCUGAGACCCAGGGCGCAAGCGCAGCGCAGUCGUCAGAGCGGAGAGAGGGCGGCUCGGUGCAGAGAGCGUUGGGAUGGCGCAUUACAAGGCCGCGGACUCUAAGCGAGAGCAGUUCCGCCGCUACCUGGAGAAAUCCGGGGUGCUGGACACGCUCACCAAAGUGUUGGUAGCCCUAUAUGAAGAGCCAGAGAAACCAAAUAGUGCACUGGACUUUCUGAAGCAUCAUAUAGGAGCCGCAGCUCCAGAAAAUCCAGAAGUAGAGGCCCUUCGGCUGGAAGUGGCAGAGAUGAAAGAAAAAUAUGAAGCUGUGUUGGAAGAAAACAAAAAACUAAAAGCAAAGCUGUCUCAGUAUGAACCACCUCCAGAAGAGAAGCGUGGUGAAUAAGAAUGCUUUCACCUUUUGGUUACUUAACUGAAUAAAGGGCUUCAUCAG